CGGCCGGGCUGAGGCGGGAGCGCCGCUCCGCCGCCAUUGCUGCCUCCCUCCGGCCUCCGCCGCUUUAAACGGCACCGGAACAGCCACCGGAACCGGCUCCGGCACCGGGCCCGGCCCGCGGCGCCGCAGCCCCGCCAUGGAGGCGAACGCGGCCAAGCGGAAGGAGCCGCGCAAGGCGCUGCGGGUUAAAGUCAUCUCCAUGGGCAACGCCGAGGUGGGCAAGAGCUGCAUCAUCAAGCGGUACUGCGAGAAGAGGUUCGUGCCCAAGUACCUGGCCACCAUCGGCAUCGACUACGGCGUCACCAAGGUGCAGAUCCGGGACCGGGAGAUCAAGGUGAACAUCUUCGACAUGGCCGGGCACCCCUUCUUCUAUGAGGUGCGGAACGAGUUCUACAAGGACACGCAGGGGGUGCUGCUGGUGUACGACGUCGGCUCCAAGGAAUCCUUCGAGGCGCUCGACUCGUGGCUGGCCGAGAUGCGCCGCGAGCUGGGGCCCCACGGCAGCCUGGACAGCGUCGUCUUCGCCGUCUGCGCCAACAAGGUGGACGCGGGGAAGCUGCGGGUGGUGGACGAGAGCGAGGGCCGGCUCUGGGCCGAGAGCCGCGGAUUCCUCUACUGGGAGACGUCGGCGCAGAGCGGGGAGGGCAUCCAGGAGAUGUUCCAGAACUUCUAUUCUGCCAUCGUGGAGCUGUGUGAGAACGGGGGCAAGCGGCCGGCGGGCUCGGGGGGGCUCAGCUUCACCCGCGAGCAGGCCGACGCCAUCCGGAGGAUCCGCGGCAGCAAAGACAGCUGGGACCUGCUGGGGCUCAAACCCGGCGCCUCCAGGGAGGAGGUGACGCGGGCCUACCGGCGCCUGGCCGUGCUGCUGCACCCUGACAAGUGCGUUGCCCCCGGCUCCGAGGACGCCUUCAAGGCCGUGGUCAACGCCCGAACCGCGCUGCUCAAAAACAUCAAAUGAACCCCAAAAAUCCCCCAAAUUUACACCCAGAAAUUCCCAAAUUUCCGUCUCCGGGAUCGGAUCCGCAUCGGGGAGGAGAGGGGAUGCAAAAUUAAAGGGAUUUGGGGGAUUUAUUCCCGGUUUUUUCAGUGUUAUUCCCAUUUUUCUGUGAGUUAUUCCCAUUUUUCUAUGAGUUAUUCCCAUUUUUUGGCCUUUUAUUCCCAUUUU